CAACCACUUAUCCAGCAAUGCCUUUGUUUUAAUAGGAUCUGGUGAAUUCUUUGUGACUGUGAUUAAGCGUGCUGUGUAUGAGAACUGACUGGAAAAACGUGCAAAAUACACAAAACUCAACGAGGAAUAAGGUGGCUUGACUUUUGGUUGUGAUGCAAUCUAAGGGAGCCAAACAUCCUCUGACAGGAAGCUUCCCGCAGCAACAGCAGCCCUAGAGACGGCGGUGGCGGAGGUGACAGUUGGGCUCUUCGCUAUCUAGCCACCCUUCCAAAGAGAAGAAGAAGAAGAGGAGGAGUGGCACUGUCCUCCACUGGAAUUGGUUCUGACCUGCUAUGGAGUAAUUUUGGAUUCUCCCUGAAAAUCAUGGAUGGCUUCAGAUCAUGACCUCUGUUGGCACCGCAGCCUGAAGGAGGGGGUCCCCCUCACUGUGGCGCCAUGGCAUCCAACGAAAGGCUCUAUGAGGUGUGGAUGCUCUACUGCACCAAGCGAGAUCCAGACUACUUCAAGAUAUGGCUGGAGAUUUUCAUCAGCUCGUACGAGCAAUGCCUCGACGUAGACUUCGAAAAGCCCCCUUCAAGACCAGACGAGGUUCCACCUGUGUUGACGCUGCUACCCGACAACAUCCUGCAGGUUUUGCGCCACCAGCUGCUGCAGUGCGUCCAGAAAGCAUCAGACGGCCUUGAGCCCGAGCAGCAGAACCUGGCGCUGCUGCUGCUGAAGUUCCUCAUCAUCAUCUGCAGGAACUUGUCCAAUGUGGAGGAGAUCGGCACUUGCUCUUACAUCAAUCACAUCAUCACUAUGACAACACUGUAUAUUCAGCAGCUAAAGAGUCGGACCAAGGAGAAGGAGAUGAUGGACCACAGUCAGGCGGAGGACUUUGUCCGCCAUUCUCUGGCGUUCUGCGAGAGCCUCUACGAUCCAUACCGCAACUGGAGACAUCGGACAAGCAGGGAGCAGCUGGGCGCCGUUGAGAGGGGAAGGCAGAAGUACAAAGCAGCUCCGCUCACCGUUGAAUUUGUUCCCUUCUUUUACCAGUGCUUCCAGGAGAGCGAACAUCUGAAGGAGAGCCUGAAAUGCUGCCUGCUGCACCUGUUUGGAGCCAUAGUAGCAGGGGAUCAGAGGAACGCUCUGCUCGCCAUCUCUCCGGCCACCAUGGAGGUGCUGAUGCGGGUUCUGGCCGACAGCUACACGGGGAGCUGCUCAUCGGAUGAAGCCGAGGACUGGGACAGCGAUGACGUCAGCCGCAUGGCCCUGCUGACGUUGGGGUGCCUCAGGGAGGUGGUGCAGUGCCUGCUGGCCUCCAGCUCUGACCAGCGGCAGGUGGAGAUCGCCUCCGUCUUGGAAAACUACUUCAAGCUGCUCAACUCGGACCCAGCUGCUGUGGUCGCUGCUAAGCAACAGCAGCAACCAGCCAAGGGUCGGGUUCCCACACUCGGCCGACACUGGGAGAUUCGAUUUGUGGCGCUGCAAGUUCACAUGCUCGACACGAUCAGGGACAUGUUUCUGUGUUCUGACAGACCGGUUCUACAAGCCAUCUUCCUCAACAGUAACUGCUUUGAGCAUCUGAUACGCCUGCUGCAGAACAGCCAGCUGGUUAACGCUAGGUGCACGGCGGCAGACAAGGACCAGAAAGAUAUAACCAACAGCAAGUUACAGACAGGAGAGAGGGACACUCAGGUCAUCCAGGGACGCCUUGACUCGUUAGCAGUAGCCACCAUCAAAGCCCUGACGACGGUUAUGCAUAAAUCCCCAGCUGCUAAGGAGGUUUUCAAGGAAAGGAUUGGUUACAAUCACCUGUACGAAGUUCUGAUCUCUCUCGGCCAGCCGUCUCGACUCCUGCUUAAGGAGCUGAUGAACAUGUCGGUGGAGGGGGAGCACACCUCAGUGGGGCUCCUGGGGAUCAGCAACGUGGAGCCGCUGCUGCUGCUGGUCCAGUGGCUCCCGGAGUUGGACUCACCCGAACUGCAGCUCUUCACGGCCGACUGGCUGCGCCGCCUCUGCUGCCUCAACCGUCAGACGCGCGCCACUUGCGUCAACGCCGCCAUGGUGGUGAGAGCCCUGGCUGCUCUGGAGCACCACGGGCGUCUGCACAGAGCCUGCGCAGAAAGCCUGUUCGGCUUGCUGGGCUCACUGGGCUCCCAGUCUCUGAGCGGCAGGGAGCUGCUGGGACUCAUCCGCCUCCUCAGAACCGCAGAGUCCAGCCAAGCUCAUCCGUACGUCGCGCCGGCCCUGAGGGCGCUGCUCACCAUGGUCCGCAAGCAGGGACUGGAGAAUGCCAUGCAGUACUUCGACCUGUCCCCCAGCAUGGCAGGGAUUGUUGUUCCCACGGUGCAGCGUUGGCCCGGCUCCGCCUUCAGCUUCCACGCCUGGUUGUCUCUGGACCAGGACCAGCUGGGUCCGCUCAGCAAAGACAAGCGAAAGCAGCUCUACAGCUUUUUCACCCCUGGAGGAACAGGCUUUGAGGCGUUCAUCAGCUCAGCGGGGGUUCUGGUGGCGGCUGUGUGCACAAAGAAGGAGUACGUCACCGUGAUGCUGCCGGAUUACUGUUUCUGCGACUCGCUCUGGCACAGCGUCGGAGUGGUGCACGUACCCGGGAAGAGGCCGUUCGGACAGAGCCUCGUCUACAUUUACGUAGACGGGCAGCAGAAACUGUCCGCCCCCCUCAAGUAUCCCAUCAUGACAGAGCCGUUCAUCUCCUGCUGCAUUGGCUCCGCCGGCCAACGCACCACCACGCCCCCUCCCUCCCAGAUCCCCGACCCGCCCUUCUUCUCCGCCGCCACGCCCACCGCUCGCUCCUCGUUGAGCGGCAUCCUGUCGCCGCAGGUGUGGGGCGGGCUGCUGGGCGGGAAGCCCGAGUCGGUCACCAAGCUGAUCUCAGCCGGGACGCAGGACAGCGAGUGGGGCAGCCCCACGUCGCUGCAGGGCCAGCUGGGGAGCGUCAUGGUGUUUCAUGAGCCGCUGCAGCCGGCGCACAUCAAGGCCAUCUGCAGCGCCGGUCCAAACUGCAUCUCUCCAUUUAAAGCCCAGGAAUCAGAACUCGGUGACAUUUCAGCCAAACUGCUGCUGCAUUAUUCACCCAAGGCCUGUAGAAAUCCCAUCUGUCUUGACCUUUCUCCCAACGCGCUGCAUGGACGUCUGACUGGGAAUAAAGUGGUCAACUGGGACAUAAAGGAUAUGAUCAACUGUGUUGGAGGGCUGCCGGUGCUUUUCCCAGUGCUGGAGCAGCUGACCUCCGUGACUCCUGACCAGCAGAGUGCCGAUCCUGCAGCUGCAUCAGACUUCAUCACGCCAGAUGUGAGCACCCCAGCUGACGGGGACUGGGUCAUUCUUCCGUCCAACAGAGCUUCAGAGGCGCGCCUGGAGAAGAACCUGGUGGCCACUUUCCUUUUGGUGCUGAAGCACUUCCUGCAGAGACACCCGAUCAACCAGGAGAACCUGCUUCACUCGUACGGCGUGGGAACGCUGGGAGUCCUGCUGCAAAAGCUUCCAGCGGGUCAUGUGGACGUCAGCGUGCUGGUGGCUGUGCAGCUGCUGAUUGAGCAGGUGACCUAUGAGAAGAACCAGGCUCUGCUGCAGCAGAUCCACUCACAUCUGCUGUUCAACUUCAACAUCUGGAACAAAGGAGAUUUCCCUCUGCGCAUCGGUCACAUCCAGUACAUGUCCACAGUCAUCAAGGACGACAGGAAGCAGUUCAGAAAGAAAUAUGGAGUCCAGUUUCUGCUGGACACCAUGCGGCUGUAUUACGGGAAGAACGCCAACAAGGAGAACGACCUGAGCGACGAUGACGUUCGGACCAUCAGAGCGUCUCUCUGUGGCCUCGUCAAGUAUUACAUCAGCAAGGGCAUGUCGCAGGAAGAGAUGCACAGCAUUCUGGGAUACAUUGCUGCCAUUGGAGAUGAAGACCAGCUGUGCGGCCUCCUGGAGAUGCUGCUCAGCCUCCUGCAGAGCAGCCCGGCCAAAGACCAGCUCUUCCUGCUCCUCUUUGAGCCCACAGCAGCAGAUUCCUGCUACACGCUUCUGCUCAACAACAAGCACUCAGACCGACUGAGGGAGCUCGUCUUCAAGCUGUUUGAGCGGAUGCUGCGCUGCGACCGGGUUUAUGAAAGAAACAAGCAGCGGCUGCGCCUGAGGGAGGCCGGCUACACGGGGCUGUCGCUUGUAUUCUCUGAGCUUCACAUCACUCCCACCCUGAUCCGCUGUCUCCUCAACCAGAUCCUCCAUACAGAUCAAGUUGUGAACUACAAGGACCUGAUGGCUCUGGUGCAGCUCACACACCGGGCCGGGCCAAGCGUGCGUCUGAUUGUCUGCAAGAGGGUGUACCAGCUGCUUCAGUCCCAACAGGACGCCGCCCAUCAGAUCUCAAAGCAGCAGUGUUGGCAGGACACGCUCAUGCGCCUGUACUUGCGAGGCGAGGGGUCCCUCACCCUGCGCAGCUCCGAUACAGCCAGCACCUGCAGUUUCGACUUAAACCGUAACGGCGGCAGCAGCAAUAACCGCCUGGAGCUGCCGCUGGAAAGGAGGCCGCGGACGGGCAGCAGCAGCCGACUGGACCGCCUGGAGGACGAUCGUCUCAGCGUGGGAGACGCCCGCUCCGUGGACAGCCUGGACAACGGAGACGUCAUCUCGCUGCUGGACACGCCGUCUUCCUCUGCCUCCACCGAGCCACAGCUGCCGGUCAAGCCGUGGGUGCUGGGUAAAUCGGGGGGUUUGACGUUGGAUCUGUCGCACCUUCAGGCCUUUGAGGGUGCAGAGAGCGGCAACCAAACGCCAGGGAGCAUGCCCAGUACGCCGUCGCCCCUGGAAACGGCCAAACCUCUCCCUGGGAGCUCUGGGGAUAGAGAGACAACGUCUUCUUUUACUGAAGACGGAUUCCUCUUUAGUGACAAUAUCUCACUGGGGGAAUCCUUCAGCAACGUUGAGAGGGCGGAGGAGGAGCUCUGCAGCAUGCUGCUGGAGAUCGUCCUGUGCGUGAUGUGGCGAGGAGUCGAGGGCUCGGACGACUCGGCGUGGCUGGAGCGUGGCCAUGUGUUCUCAGCUCUCACCAAACUGGGGACUGCCAACGAGCUGCUGCUUCCUGUCGACCAGAUCAAGCUCCGUCUCUUGGAGCGCAUGUUGGAGUGGGCGGUGACUGAUAACCGGGAAGCCUCUGCUGCUUCGCUACCACAGCAUACUGAGAACGCGGUUCGCCUGCUUCACAUCGUGCAGGACUUCCUGCAGGCGGAGGGUUUGGUCAACCCGACGCUGUGGACCGAUAAGGUGCUAGAAGAAGCUGUGACACUAAUGGACUGCCUCAUGGUGUGGUACUCUGCUGGAACCCAAUGGUUCCAGCUCUCCCAAGUUGGACUGAGACUCCUACUGGGCUUCAUGGCUCAGGAAGACACAGAGGUGUGUGCGUUGGCCUCAGCCAAACUGAACGGCAUCCUGCAAACUAAAGAAGUGUCAAGUCAGGACGAGGCCUGCUACCUGCUGGGGAAGCUGGAGGGAAUCCUGCGGCGAACCAUCCAAGAGCAAACCGAGGAGACCUACUCUUUCCUGGUUCCCGUUCUGCGGACGCUGCUCUCCAAAGUCCACCGCCUUCUCUACAUGGAGCUGCACCUGCCUCAGCUGCCCGACACCAAUGGCAGCCCGUCUUUCUUCGAGGACUUCAAGCUGUACUGCAACUCGCCCGAGUGGCGCGUCUACCUCGACAAAUACAUCAUUCCGUACAUGAAGCAGUAUGAAAUCGAGAUGUUCAGUCAGGGUCAUGAGACCAUGGCUCUGUACUGGAAGGAGUGCUAUGAGGCCUUCAUGGUCAGCUUGCACAAGAGGGAACGGGAAAGAGGGGAGAGCAAGAUCCGCUUCCAGGAACAAUUUGUGGAGCCGUUCUCGCGCCGCAGCCGGCAAGAAAACCUGCGCUACAACAACAUGCUGAAGCAGCAACACAGCCAAAACAACGCCACCCUCAGGCAGUGGAAGGCAGCGCGGCGGGGUUUGGUGUGUGAAAGGGGCCCCUGGGCUGACAGACUACAAGACGAGACGCACUGGAGAGUCUCCAGUGCUGAAAACUUCUCCAGAAUGAGGCUGAAGCUGGUUCGCAAUUACAACUUUGACCCUCACCGAGAGGCCAGCGCUCUGAGAGACAACCUGGGCGUCCAUCAGCAGCGUGUGAAUCCAGAGUCUCUGCUGCUAGAAGCUGUGAAGCAAGUUAAAGUCAGCGACUUGGAGGACGACAUCUUGGAUCUGCCGGAGGACGACCCUGCUGCCACUAGCAACCAGGCUGAAGCAGAGGAGGCGGGUCAGAAGGAGAAAAUGGUGUUGUGGGAGGAUUGUGAGCUGGUGACGGUGGUGGACGUCGUCCCAGGCCGCCUUGAGCUCACCACUCAGCACAUCUACUUCUAUGACAGCAGCCAGGAGAAGGAGGAGGGAGUGGGUCACGACUUUAAAUGGCCGCUAUCACAGAUCCGGGAGGUCCACCUCCGACGAUACAACCUGCGUCGCUCAGCUCUUGAAAUCUUCCUCAUUGACCAAACCAAUUAUUUUCUGAACUUUAAAAAAGAGGCGAGGAACAAAGUGUACAGCCGCAUGCUGCUGCUGCGAUCGCUCAGCCUUUAUGGGACUCGAUCACCUCAGGAGCUCCUGAAGGCCUCUGGACUCACACAGAAAUGGGUGAAUCGAGAGAUUUCCAACUUUGAAUACUUAAUGCAGCUCAACACUAUUGCAGGCAGAACGUACAACGACCUCUCGCAGUACCCAGUGUUUCCCUGGAUUCUAGCCGACUACAGCUCAGAGGAGCUGGACCUCUCUGACCCGCGGGUGUUCAGGGAUUUAUCGAAGCCGGUGGCGGUGCAGAACGAACGCAAUGCUAAAGCAGUCAGAGAGAAGUAUGAAAGUUUUGAGGACCCAACAGGCACCAUAGACCGUUUCCAUUAUGGUACCCACUACUCUAAUGCUGCUGGAGUGAUGCACUACAUGAUCCGAGUGGAGCCCUUCACAUCGCUGCACAUCCAGCUGCAGAGUGGACGGUUUGACUGCGCCGACCGCCAGUUCCACUCCAUCCCAGCGACGUGGCAAACCCUCAUGGACAACCCCAACGAUGUCAAGGAGCUCAUCCCAGAGUUUUUCUACUUCCCUGAAUUUUUGGAGAACCAGAAUGAUUUUGAUCUAGGCCGCCUGCAGAUCUCUAAGGAGAGGGUACACAAUGUUGUUCUCCCUAAAUGGGCCAAAUCCCCUGAGGACUUCAUCUACAAGCACCGCAAAGCUCUGGAGUCGGAGUACGUCUCAGCCCACCUCCACGAGUGGAUCGAUCUGAUCUUUGGUUACAAACAGAGGGGCCCGGCAGCUGUGGAGGCACUCAACGUCUUUUACUACUGCACUUACGAAGGAGCUGUGGACUUGGACGCAAUCACAGAUGAAAAGGAGCGAAAAGCUGUUGAAGGCAUGAUCAGCAACUUUGGUCAGACCCCCUGCCAGUUACUUAAGGAGCCCCAUCCGGUUCGCUUUUCUCAGGAGGAAGUGGAGAAGAGGAAGGCUCAGCAGGACUCGAGUCCUCUCAACAUGUUCGAACACCUCAGCGACCUCAAGUCCUUCUUUGUUGAGGGCAUCAGCGACAACGUGCCGCUGGUUAAAGCCGUCGUGCCAAAGAAUCAGUCCCAUUCGUUCAUCACCCAGGGAAGCCCUGACACCAUGGUGACUGUGAGCCAGAACUGCCUGCUGGGGACCCAUGGGUGGCUGCCUUACAAUAAGAACAUCUCCAACUAUUUCACCUUCAUUAAGGACCCCACAGUGUCCAACACCAAGACCCAGCGCUCCCUGUCAGGACCAUUUGCCCCUGGCGUUGACCUCACAGCAGGUCUGUUUGUCGUCUCCCAUGACGGGAAGCUGCUCUUCAGUGGCGGACACUGGGACAACAGCAUUAGGGUCACCUCACUGAUCAAGGGCAAGACGGUGGGGCAUCACAUCCGACACAUGGAUGCUGUUACCUGCUUAUCAACAGACCACUGUGGCAUCCACCUGAUCUCUGGCUCCAGAGACACAACCUGCAUGGUGUGGCAGGUUCUGCAGCAGGGUGGAGCUCCUGUGGGUCUGUCGUCCAAACCUAUCCAGGUUCUGUAUGGACACCAGGACGAGGUGGUGAGCGUUGCCAUCAGCACUGAGCUGGAUAUGGCUGUUUCUGGAUCCAGAGACGGAACGGUGAUCAUCCACACCGUGCGUCGAGGUCAGUACAUGCGCUGCCUGCGGCCGCCGUGCGAUAGCUCCCUGCCACUGUCCAUCCUCCACUUGGCCGUGUCCUGGGAGGGUCACUUGCUGGUCCACACCUGCCUGGAGGGCAAGGCCACACUCAAAGAUAAAAACACGCUACAUCUUUACUCUGUGAACGGGAAGCACCUCUCCAGUGAGCGGCUGAAGGAGCAGGUGACGGAUAUGUGUGUUUCAGGGGAGUAUGUGAUCAUCGGGAGUGAGCAGGGAUUCCUGUCCAUCCGGGAUCUCUACAGCCUGGCUCUCUGCUCGGAGCCCAUGGCCAUGCGGCUUCCCGUCCGCAGCGUCUCCGUCACCAAGGAGCAGAGCCACGUCCUGGUGGGCCUGGAUGACGGCAAGCUGAUCAUCGUAGGCGUGGGCAAGCCGGCGGAGGUAAAGAACUCUCUGAGGAACUACAUCGCUCAGAGCCUGGAGGGCUCGCCGCUCAUGGCCUCGCCGCUGCUGGCGCCGCUCCGAGCUCGCUCGCCAACGCGGCUGCUCCACCAGCGGGACCAGCUGGUGUUCAGCCCCACGUCCAGCCCACAGAGACCCUAGCAUGUUGCAUCUCUUUUUAAUUUUAUCCCCCCCCAUGUAAUCGCUGUAGAUAAAACACACACACCCGCUCACUCCUCCACAGACUCGCCUCUCCUCCUCAGGGACGGUUGUCACCCGCUGUUGUGAAAUCACUACACACACACUGACGUCUGAGCCACACGGAUCAAAUCAAAACAACUUUUUUCGUUCUUAUUUCAUUCAGUUUUUCUAGUGUUUGAGUCCAGUUGGACAUUAACAGAUAUGCUGUGAAACUCCUGCAAACUAAAGCCAUAAGAUGAAGAAAACUAAUAAGGAUAAUCUUGUGCCAAAAUUGCAUAAAUGUCAAUCAUUGCACCUUCUCACUUUCCUUCAUUUUUGUUUGACCAGAUUGACUCACUGAAGUGAAUCAAGCCUUGAUUGUUUUUUUAAUUACCUCACAAGUCAAUCAAGCUGGUAUCAUGAAUCACAUCCCUCUUUUGUCCCUUUCCCUCCUUCUUUUAUUUCUUUUGACUUCACACCUUCCUCUCCGCCUCCUCUUUACUCCCUCCUUCCUCCACUCUUCUCAGAUGCGAUCGAACCAGAUCACACGAAAGCUGUGGGGCUCCAGCAAGAGGCUGACUCAGAUCUCGACGGAGACGGAGUACAACCCGCAGCAGGAGAGCAACUGAUCCCAGACCAGUCACACACUCCCGCCUCCCCUUCACACCCGGUUCCUUUUAAUUUUUAUAGAUCCCUUUAAGUUUCUCCAUUACUCCCCCCAAGUUAAACAGGUGCUUGAUUCAUAAAAACCUGCAUCUCCAUCUUUAUUCUGUUUUCCUGCUUUGAAUCGACCAUCAAGGCGCUGGCGCUGUGGUACACUACUUAUUCCCUCUUCAUUCCUCAUUAUUUUAAACAAUCAAACUAGUGUGUGUCUGUGUGUGCAUGAGAAGCAUUGUUCUAAAAUCUACUUUCAAGUGACCUUUAUUUUUGAGUCUGACAGGUUUAUGUCGGCUGAGAUUAGCCGCCAUGCAGCCUUAUGCAGAAAGACUAAACUCUAUGCCUUCUUCUAUGCUUCUGUAUACAGAAGCAUUUGUUGGCACACCUGGAAAGAUGUAUGAGGAAUAAAAAUGAUCAUUUAUUGCAGUAGCAAAUUCCCACCCAGUUGAUUUGACCAGAUGUUCAACGUUUUCUGGUGUUUAAAAAGUCCAUCAAAUUAAAUUAAGAAUCUGUGAAGCCAUAAAUUUUAAAACGUUUUUUUGUUCUGCGUCGUACUUCAUGUUCUUUUUCUCAUAUUUAUUCUUUGUUUCACACACAAAAGUUGUUGCAGAAAAGAUUGAAUUUAUGCUCAUCCAACCAAAGUCCCUGUAAAAUUCAGCAAAAUCCAUGUUCAUAGCAUUGAAUGUUUGAUAUUUUUUUGCCAUCCUGCAUUUCGAGUUGUUACUUUGGGGAAGAUGUGGGCAACUUUGAGUUUGAAACUAAAGAAGUUUCUGUUAGCCUGACAGUUUUCCUUUCUGAAGAUUUUGUCAGAAUAAGGAUGAUGAUAUCACCAGAUCAGCACCGAAUUAAAAAAUAGUCACAUUUAAUGUCGGGUUUCACUCUGAAAAUUUGCUACAGCAAUGAAAGAUGUAAGUUUUUAUACACAUCUUAACCAGGGAUGCCAGUAAAAAUGGUCAGCACUGUAAAAACACAAUUCUAUCGAGGUAUACUUUAAUUAACACUGAGAUGAAUCAGCGUUUUUGUUUCGUCACUAAACACUACAUUAUCCAUUUGACGAUUUAACAGGAAAAAAACCGGCUGAAUGUUUUUGAGUUACUUGAAUUUGCGUUUAUUUAUGAGUAGCAGUUGUUUAUAUCUGAUUUAUUCUCUUGGCAUGUUUUUUAAAAUUCCUCUAACUCGUUGAAGAAGAAAGAGAAGAAAGGGCUUUAUGAGAUGUCAGUGUUAGCAAUACAGCUCCUUCGUGGCGUGCCUGUCGACCUUCUUCUUCCUGUCUCUGAUUCUAGUCUUCCUUCUGCUCACUAAUUUGCUUCCAUCGCUGCACAGAGCGUCCUCUGAUGUUUUCAUAUCUGUUUCUCAUCAUGACUGAUAAUCGGUGAAGUUUUCUUUUUGCAGGGCAUCAAGUGUGGUUUGCAUGCCUUGUUAAAGUAUGAGUGAGUUAUUUACUCUGCAGUAUAAAGCAGCUAUGGAUGACUUUGCUAUUUUUGCACCAUAUUUUUGUUUUCUGUUCCUGUAAUUUGUAUUUACUACUUUAUUUAAAGGUCACAGUUUGGGGGAGUGCAGACACCAAGCUGCGUCCUCUUUGAGAUUUCUGUGAAAGGUGCUUCAAUUGUUUUCUGAGUACUUUUUAUUAUUGUUAUUAUUUUUUUUUAUCAUUCUCACCACUGUUUGAGCUGCUCCACGACUGCAACAAACGGAGUGCCUUCAAGCCAGUCGUGUCAACAAUAGAGCUAGAUCUGUCAUGAAGCCAUUUAUCCCUGAGACUUUACGACUUUACGCAGCAUUCCACGUGUCCAACCUUAGCAGUCUCACGGGAACCAAUGAUAUCGGACUUAAAAAAUAAUCAGAAAUACUAUUUUGUGUCUUAGCUGCGUCCUCUGUGAGUGUCACCUAAAUGGAUGUGUGUAUAUCUGUGAUUAUUUAUGAAUACAGUAUAUAUAAAUAUAUAUAAUGUACAGCAUGAUUUUUAUUUCAGCGUCUUUUAAAUGUCCUUUUUGCACUUUCUAGGUACUAAAAAUUGUUUUACCUUGGCUCCCUAAUCUGUACAAACUGCUUUGUAUACACAUGUGGGAAAGUAUCAUUAAAGUCUUGUCUAAAUUAA